GAGUAUUUCUUUAACUAGAUUAUUUUUCAUUUUAUUAUUUCUCAAAUUACGAAAAAGAAUCAGAAUGGACAGAAUAUUGAGAUUGGGUGGAGCAGGUGGAAUGCCUGGUCUAGGACAGGGUGCCCCAGCAGCAGAUGCCCCAGUUGUAGAUACAGCGGAACAAGUUUAUAUUUCUUCAUUAGCUUUGUUAAAGAUGUUGAAACAUGGUAGAGCUGGGGUACCUAUGGAAGUAAUGGGUUUAAUGUUAGGAGAGUUUGUAGAUGAUUAUACAGUUAGAGUUAUUGAUGUAUUUGCUAUGCCACAGUCAGGAACUGGCGUGAGUGUGGAAGCAGUAGACCCAGUUUUCCAGGCUAAAAUGUUGGACAUGUUAAAACAGACUGGAAGACCAGAGAUGGUAGUAGGAUGGUAUCACUCUCAUCCAGGGUUUGGUUGUUGGCUGUCUGGAGUAGAUAUUAACACACAGCAGUCUUUUGAAGCUUUAUCAGAACGUGCUGUAGCUGUCGUUGUGGAUCCUAUACAGAGUGUGAAAGGAAAGGUAGUCAUUGAUGCGUUUAGAUUGAUCAACCCCAAUAUGAUGGUUUUAGGACAAGAACCAAGACAGACAACCUCUAAUCUGGGACAUUUACAUAAACCUUCAAUACAGGCAUUAAUUCAUGGUUUAAACAGACAUUACUACUCUAUAGCUAUCAACUAUCGUAAAAACGAACUGGAACAAAAGAUGUUAUUAAAUCUAAAUAAGAAGAGUUGGGUAGAUGGUUUAUUGUUACAAGAUUAUAACACCCACUGUUCACUCAAUGAGAAGGUUGUAGGAGAAAUGUUAGACUUGGCUAAGAAUUACCAUAAGGCUUUAGAAGAAGAAGAGACUAUGACACCUGAACAACUUGCUAUUAAAAACGUUGGAAAACAGGACCCUAAGAGACAUUUAGAAGAACAUGUAGAUGUUUUAAUGACUACCAAUAUAGUUCAAUGUUUAGGUUCUAUGUUACACACUGUUGUCUUUAAAUAAAUAAUUUAUUCAUGUCGUCAUUGGUUACACGCUGGUACAGUCGGGCAGAGAUAGUUCGGAACGUCCAGGAGGAGUCAAAACUUUAUUUUCAAGGUAGAAUAUAUAGUAAUUGAAAAUAUACAAGUCAGAUUUAUAUUGUGUUGAUUAUUACUUAAACUACCUUAAAAUGAAAUCGGACUGCUUGCGUUUAUAUUUAGAGGUUCUCCUAAAUAUGUAUUAAUAUCUCUGUUUGUCUGUACUAUAAUUUUGUAAAUAACUCAUUUCAAUCUUAAUAAAAACAUGUCCAAUUCC